AUGUCCGCGACAAUCCUCCUAGACAGCCAUCAUGCGCACUACACCAAUUUGGACUUUCUAUCGGGCAAAGUGGUUCUGCAGCUCCCAACGGAAGCUGCCAUCGGGGGAAUUCAGGUCAAGCUGGAGGGAGUGAGCCGAACGCGGCUCUCCGGCCCUCGCCAUCCUCACCAUGUGAAUUCGGACAAGAAGCGCACCGAGCUGGAAGUCCAUAAAAUUCUCUACAAGGUUGCGACCGUUUUUCCUACGCCAGCGGUCAUGCAGACGGGGACGCCGGCGCCCUCGUACACUUUCGCUGCCGGCUCAUACUCGUACCCUUUUAGUUUCAAGUUUCCCUUCAACAAUUCUUGCAAUGCAAUCAACAGCAUGCGGACCAAUCUCGUCACGUCGGGUCUGAAAGUAGAGAUGGCGCGCGAUACCAAUCGACACGUCAAAAAAACUCUUCCUCCUUCAUUGAGUGGGUAUCCCGGCAUGGCCGAGAUUCAGUAUUUCGUCAAAGCCACCGUGAUCAGACCCCAGUUCUACAAGGAGAAUAUCAGAACCAUUGUGCCUCUCAAUUUUCUACCAAUUGAGCCUCCAAGAACUGGCAAUCCCAAUGAGGAGACUUACGCCCGUCGGCAGCAUCAGUUCAUUAGCCCACCAACGCUGACGAAAAAGAAGAGCGGCCUCUUCGGUCGAAGUACCACCACGCUGCGCGAGUCGACCCAGGAACUCCCGCGGGUGUCCGUCGAGUCGCGGCUUCCUAAUCCUUCCAUUCUCACGUGCAAUGAACCCAUCCCACUCCGUCUUAUCGUAAAGAAAGUAAACAAUGCCCCAGAGGUGGUCUUUCUGCAAAUGCUGCAGAUCGAGCUGAUAUCAUACACGAAAGUCCUUGCCCACGAUCUCACAUGGCAGGAAAAUGGCUCAUGGGUAGUCCUGAGCUCGAGCAACAUGGGCCAGGCGCUCAGUCGACCAGGCGAUCCCGCUGGCACAGACUGGACGAUUGACCCCAAGAUUUGGGCCGGCCUACCACUUCCAAGCUCGGUGGCUCCGUCUUUUGAGACCUGCAAUAUCGAAAGAAGCUAUGAACUGGAGGUUCGAGUGGGGUUGACUCAUGGCACGACUGGAAACACACAGCCACAAAUGAUCGUGCUACCACUGCGGAUGCCCGUCAAAGUGUACUCAGGAAUCAAGCCACCUUCAGCACUAUUGGAAGCCAUGGCAGCAGCAACCCCACAGUCCACAUCCUCAAAACCCGCUCCGGUUCCGUUUCCAUCGCAGCCCCAUGAGGGAGAACGACCCCCAAUGCCCCCCCCGCCCCCUGCAGGACCUGUCCCAGUAAGCGAAGGGGUUUUGCACGAGGACGCACCACCCAGCUACGAGGACGCGAUGGGCGAAAACAUCAGUCCCGUAGAUGGACCACGUCGCGAGUAUCACCCACCAGAUGCCACGUCCUCCCGAAGCGUUGCAGAAUCUGCCACUGAUCCCAAAUCUGCAGUCGAAAUGGCAAGUUUCCGUGAAGACGGCUCAGCUGCUGAAGGUUCCUGGGCUUCGUCGAGUCACGCACGUCGCUCCUCAUCGGAGUCCUUUGACAUGCUUCCCAAUACUCCUCCCGAGUCAAAUUUCGGGUCCCGUCCUACGACCCCCGUCACACGAUCUCAAAGCAUGAUGAAAGGUCAUCGCAAUGAUGCACGCCAAGAAGGACCCCCACAGUACGAGCCGGUUGCCGAAGUGCACUUAGCGCCCCAUGCUGAAAUCGAUCGUCAACCAUCACGAAAUAGCCCGCGACCUAAGAAUUUGGGAGUUCCAGCGAGGAAGCCUGUGCCGCGCAAUGCCAGUAUGCCGCACUGA